AUUAAAUUUCACCCAUCUCAUCAUAUUUCUGCCUCUAUAAAUAUAUAACACUCCUCAAAACCUCAUUGUAUCAAAGGUAAAAAAAGAAAGUAACCCAAGAAUCUAUAUUGGACACCAAGGGCAAAAAAGGAGGAAAAAAUGGCACAUAACAAGUUGAGCAUUGCUUUGUUUCUGGUGGCACUUGCAGUCUCAGCUGCAAGCGCCGCCAGACAAGCGCCAUUCGACGACCAGAAGAACGUCGUCUCGUACGGCGGGGUCGGUGGCAUGAGCGGAAUCGGAAGAGGCGGGCUCCCCUUUGGCGGCAUUGUCGGCGGCGGCGGCUUGGGCGGUGACCUCGGGGGAGGUGGCGGCCUCGGUGGCGGCGCUGGGCUCGGUGGAGGAUUCGGUGGCGGUGCUGGGCUCGGUGGAGGAAGUGCCCUGCCGGGUUUUGGUGGCGGUGCUGGGCUUGGUGGAGGUCUCGGUGGCGGCGUUGGCGGUGGUGCCGGAGACCUCCCACUUCCGUGAAGAGGGCGGGCGCGCGCGUUUGAAGAAUCAGUUGGUGGUGGUUUUAGUUAAUUAAUUACUGUAUUUGGGUAUAAUUGUUUUGGUUUAGAUGUGUGUGUGUGUGUGUGUUUGUUCGUUGAGUCAUGUUUGGAAGGCGUUUAAUUUGUUAUGUCACAUUAGUGGCUGUUUACUUGUUUCUGCACUUCGUUAAUUCCAUCAUCAGUUGUUGUAGUUUAGCUAUUAUGGCUAGCUAGCUUGUUCAAUUCCAUUAUCCAUAUGUGCAUGGCGAGCCAAAAUAACUUUAAUUUUAUCUU